CACUUUGACUUUCUCUCUCUCUCUCUCUCUGCGUCAGUGUAUGAUAUUUCUACUCAACGUUCGUUUUACAUAAAGUAGCUUCUGAGCAGAAAGAUUCAUUCUCUCUCAAUCACACGCAGAUAUAUAUUACAAGCAUUCAUGCGUGCCUCUGUGUGCAUUUCGUAAAUGGCUUCGAGAUCUUUUGGAGUGAAGAUUCCUGGUAAUCAUGAUGAGGUUGAUGUGGAGGCUGGGAGAACAGAAAAGGAUAGAGGAAAGGCAUUUCGAAGUAAAAGAGUUCUUACAAUACACAACCAGGCCUUGUUAUCCGGCCUCGCAUAUUGUUUCUCCUCCUGCAGCAUGAUACUGGUUAACAAGUAUGUCCUCUCCAGUUAUGACUUUAAUGCUGGAAUAUCUUUGAUGCUGUACCAGAAUUUUGUCUCAGUAGUUAUUGUUUCUUUCUUGAAUUUCUGUGGAAUAAUUACCACUGAACCACUCACAUGGAGAUUAAUCAAGGUCUGGUUGCCUGUCAAUAUUAUAUUUGUGGGGAUGCUGGUCACAAGCAUGUUUAGUCUAAGGUACAUUAAUGUUGCCAUGGUUACGGUUUUGAAGAAUGUAACCAACGUGAUGACUGCUGUUGGUGAGAUGUAUCUAUUCAACAAGCACCAUGAUAACAGAGUUUGGGCUUCUCUUUUCUUAAUGAUAAUUUCAGCAAUAUCAGGUGGAUUUACAGAUCUUUCAUUUCAUGCCAUUGGAUACACAUGGCAGUUUAUCAAUUGUUUUUUAACAGCAUCAUAUUCUUUGACGCUGCGUAGGGUCAUGGAUACUGCAAAACAAGUCACCAAAUCUGGAGAUCUGAACGAGUUCUCGAUGGUCAUGCUAAACAAUACUCUUUCACUUCCUCUAGGCAUCCUGCUAAUUUUCGUAUUCAAUGAGGUCGAUUAUCUUUCAAGGACACCACUUUUGGGAUCGCCCACGUUUUGGCUGGUGAUUACAUUUAGUGGAUUCUUGGGACUGGCAAUCAGCUUCACGUCCAUGUGGUUUCUCCAUCAAACAGGGGCUACUACAUACAGCCUCGUGGGGUCGCUGAACAAGAUACCUCUUUCUAUAGCAGGUAUCGUCCUUUUCAACGUCCCAACAAGUUUGGAGAAUUCCGCAAGCAUCUUCUUCGGAUUGCUAGCAGGAGUGCUCUUCGCAAGAGCGAAAAUGCGCUAACCAUCUCAGUUUCUUGAAGGGUUUAGAGUUACAACUGAGCCUUUGUGCAGAUCAAUUUCUUGCUAUGUACCCCUUCACUGCGGCUGUUGUAUAACAUUUUUCCCUUUGAUCAUAUGAGUUGAAAUUGUUAACCAAAAAGAGCACAAUGUAACGCAAAAAAAACAGAAAUCAUAGAGCAAUUAUUCAA